AUUCAGAUACCUUAUGUAAACAAAGGACGGGGAGUUAACGGCAUCGAUAUGGCACAUGAUAGCGGUUCUGGAACAAUCGGUCAACUGAAGAACUCAACCAAGAGACGUCAUCAAGACAAGUCUUUAGAAUGUAAUCACUGUGAUUAUCGAACUAAUUCCAACGCUGAUCUCCAAGCUCAUAUACGAACUCACACCGGAGAGAGACCUUAUGAGUGCGAAAAGUGUGAUUAUCGCGCGGUCCAGAAAUCUCAGUUGAAUGUACAUAUGCUGUCUCACUCAGCAGUUAGACCUUACAAAUGUGAUUUGUGUGAUUAUGCUUCUGCACACAAAGCUUCAGUAAAAUCACACAAACUAACUCACUCUGAUGAGCGACCCUAUAAGUGUGACUUGUGUGAUUACUCAGCAAAACGGCCAGGUACUCUUAGAGGCCAUAUGAGGACGCAUACCGGAGAGAAACCUUUUCAAUGUGAAAAAUGUGAUUAUUCAGCGAACAGAAAGGACAUUUUGAGAGACCACGAGCUCACACAUAGUAAAGCAAGACCCUUCAAAUGUGAUCUGUGUGAUUAUGCUGCUACUCAAAAACAAGCUUUAAAUUCACACAAACGGACUCACACAGGUGAACGACCCUACAAGUGUGACUUGUGUGAUUUUGCAACGACCCAGAGCAGUCACCUCACAAUACACAGGAGAGCUCACACAGGGGACAAGCCGUAUGAAUGUGACGAAUGUGACUAUAAAGCAGUCGACAAAGGAGCUCUGGUGGAACAUAAACUAACCCACAGCGAUGUUCGUCAACAUGAGUGUGAUCAAUGCGAAUUCCGAACCAAACGGAAAGGUUCUUUGAAAAUCCACAAGCUGUUUCAUAGCAGUGAAAGAAAUUGGAAUUGUGAUGAGUGUGGUCACAUGUUUAAGUCACGUGCUCAGUUGAAUGCUCACAAACUAACCCACUCUACGGAGAAAUCCUUUUUAUGCUCAAAAUCACAAUGUGACUAUAAAACGACUGUUAAGAGGUAUCUAACAGGCGCAUAUGGCUAAGCGACAUUCGGAAAAAACUGAGAAGCCGAAGGCUAAGCCGUUCAAAUGUACCAAAUGCGAGCUUCAUGUUUAGAACCAAGACACAAUUGACAGUACAUGAAAAAACUCACACUGCAGAAAAACUAUGGGAUUGUGAUGAAUGUGAUUACGCUUCAAGAACUGAAGGAAAAUUGACGGCUCACAAAGAUACUCACACUGGUGAAAUACCCUACUCAUGUCUUCAGUGCGAUUACACAGCGGACACUAAGCAAACUCUCCGAACACACAGCAGAAAACACUCAGAAGAAAAACACUCAAAGAAAAGAUAUUUACAAUGUGAAUACUGUGAGUACAAGGCUCGCCAGAAAGACACUCUCGCAAAUCAUGUUAAGAAGAUCCACGAGACACCGCAGGAAAGAAACUUUGAGGACGAUUGUUCUGAGGACAAAGAACA